AUGGCAAUAGCAGCAGCAGCGGACCCUGGUGCAUCCUCCAUCACAGUCGCAGUGCGAGUGCGGCCCUUCACAAUCCGAGAAGCUGCACAGCUGCAGCGGGUCGACGAUGGCACAUUGUUCCUGGGCGACGGCUCACUGGCGGCCGCCCCGGCGCCCAAAUUAAAACAGAGCGGUCUCAGGUCGAUAAUAAAGGUGGUGGACCACAGAUGUCUAGUCUUCGAUCCGCCCGAGGACAAUCCAGUCCAGAAGUUCUCGAGAUCCGUCGUCCCCAACGGCAAGAAGGUCAAGGACCAGGUCUUUGCCUUCGACCGCAUAUUCGACGAAAACGUCUCCCAGGCAGAGGUAUACGAAGGCACCACCAAGAAUCUGCUGGAUAGUGUCCUGGAUGGCUACAAUGCCACCGUCUUCGCCUACGGUGCCACCGGAUGCGGCAAGACACACACCAUCACCGGCACCUCCCAGAUGCCCGGCAUCAUCUUUCUUACCAUGCAGGAACUGUUUGAGAAGAUUGCCGACCGCAGCGACGAGAAGCACACCGAGGUCUCGCUCUCCUACCUCGAGAUCUACAACGAGACCAUCAGAGACCUGCUGGUGCCCGGCGGCAGCAAGCAGGGAUUGAUGCUGCGCGAGGACUCCAACCAGGGCGUGAGUGUCGCCGGCCUCACCAGCUACCACCCCAAGGAUGUCCAGGAGGUCAUGGACAUGAUUGUGCGCGGCAACGAGUACCGCACCGUAUCGCCCACAGAGGCCAACGCCACCUCCUCAAGAUCGCACGCCGUGCUCCAGAUCAACGUCGCCCAGAAGGACCGGAACGCUGCCGUCAACGAGCCGCACACCAUGGCCACCCUCAGCAUCAUUGAUCUUGCUGGUAGCGAGCGCGCCAGUGCCACCAAAAACCGGGGAGACCGUCUGCUCGAGGGUGCCAACAUCAACAAGUCGCUUCUUGCCCUCGGCAGCUGCAUCAACGCCCUCUGCGACCCUCGCAAGAAGAACCACGUGCCCUACCGAAACAGCAAACUGACCCGCCUGCUGAAAUUUUCGCUGGGCGGCAACUGCAAGACGGUCAUGAUCGUCUGUGUCAGCCCCUCCAGCGCCCAUUUCGACGAGACCCAGAAUACACUACGGUAUGCCAACCGCGCCAAGAACAUCCAGACAAAGGUUACCAGAAAUGUCUUCAACGUCAACCGUCACGUCAAGGACUUCUUGGUCAAGAUCGACGAGCAGAUGGCUCUCAUCAACGAGCUCAAGGCGCAGCAAAAGGAUGCAGAGCGUAUUUUCUUCGCCAAGUUCCAGAAGCAGCUAGAGAAGAGAGACGUUUCCGCUCGCGAGGGAGUUCAAAGAAUUCGUGCAGCCUACGAGAACUCGGCCCCUGAGCGACAGGAUAAGGUUUCGCAUAUGAAGAAACAGCGAGCAAUCGAGCGACGUAUUAGCCUGCUGUCCUCCUGGAUCUCAUCUUUUGACACUGUCUGCGAUGCCAGGGACGAUGAGGAUUGCAUGCCUUCCAAUCUGGCCGCAAUGCGCAAGACUGCGCAAGGUAUACUUCUGGAACUCGAGAAUAGCCGCUACCACAUCCACCAGAAGCUCGAGAAGACCAACUGGGAGCGUGCUAUCGACUCAGCUCUCCAGCAUAGCAUCAGCCAGCUUCCCCUCGGGGAGGAGUGCGCCGACACUGGGGAGGUGGCAUCGCUUACCCGAGAGGCCGAGCUUCUCAAGUCCAACUUCGCGAGAGAGGCUUAUAGGGAGGUGUUGGAGCAGGACAAGGCUGGGGACGCUGCUAUGAUGCAGGUCCUGUUAACAGCACAAUUCGAGAUUAUGGCUUCUUUGUCGGAGACACUGAACAUGAGCCAGGAAGAAGCUGUGGCUCAUGCCAAAAAGAUCAUCAACCGUCUUCUAGACACUAGCUUCGCGGCUGCAUCGUCCAUCGUAAAGCCCGAGGGUGGCAACCUACCGGUAGAGAAGUUCGCACCCUCUAAGCGCGGAACGCCAAAGCGAAAGAAGACCGCCAACGUAUUGAUCGAUGGUGUCAAGCCCAUUCCGAACCCGGCCUUAGCUGUGGUUGCGGCUGAGGAGCCUCAAAUUUUCAUGUCGCCAGCGAAGGGGUCGCCUAGAAGGCGCAAAGCUCUCAACACCAGAAAGGCCAUAUCCUUCACUCCGGUGAAGAAGAAGUCUCCGUCCAAGAGGGUGGUCCGAUGGCGAGAUGAUGACGGUGAAUCGGGAACAUUGGCCGACUUUGAAAAGACGCCUAAAAAGUUCCAAGCGACGCUGGAACAGUCUUCGCCAGAGAAGGCCAUCGAAGUCGCUCCCGUUGCAUCGUAUCUUAACAAUGACUCCGCCGAGGAGUCGAGCCCGUCUCUUGUGAUGCCGGAGACGACUUCAUUGCCACUCUCGAAGCCCAACCGGUUCCAAACCGGUUUCCUGUCAAAGUCGCGCCCGUCUAUUGGCGGCGUCCCCAAUGGCUCGCCAGUAGCCCCCAGCUUGUCUUUGAACCUGGCAUCUUCUGACGGCGACCGAGCCAGUCCGCUGCGCAAUCUCGAUCUAUCGCGAGCUGCUAAUGUCAGAUCCUCGCCUAUUGGGCGCAGCGCAUCUGUCAGUCCGCAGCCUCCCAGAGCAUCAGGCCUCCCUCAGGCACUCUCCAUCCAUAGUCGACAAGCACUCAGCCCCUCGAGGGAUGAGAACCAUCCGCCUUCCACCUCGAACUCAGACUCUGAGACUAACAGCCUCAUCGAUACCUCAAAACUGCGCUCUGCCCUUCACGCGACCAAACGCCGCGACAGAUUGUCAUCCGGAAGCGCCAUAUCCAGCAACGCUAGGCGUGUGAGCUCCCUGGGCUCCUACAGUGGCAUUCCCGCAUCGCGCGGCCUCGACGGCAGUCACAAACCCUCUAACUCCUAUUCGGGCCCGCUCGCCAGCAGCACCAAUGGGAUCAGCCGCCUACGACGUGGCAGCGCCGAGCGGCGGAGGAGCCCGCCCAUGAGCUGUUCGCCGCCCGAUCUCGCUGGCAUCCGAGCCUUCACUCCCGGGCAGGCGCGCCGCAUGGGUAUGGGGGGCAGCAUGAGAGUCAUGGGUAGCCCGAGCGACCGUGGACGGGACAGAGAGCGCAACGGGGGUGUCGAGAGCAAGAAUCGUAGAAUCACUAUUGGUGGCUCUGGGCUCAUGGCCGGGUCGGCACGAAAGGAGAGGGGAGGUGUGGUUUGGCGUUAA